AUGAACGCCCUCGAGCGCUCCGCCACCGCCGCCGCCUGGGUGGUUGCCGUCGGUCUCGCCCUCGUCAACGCCGCCUUUACGUGGAGUUCGUCCUGGAUCCCGGUGUUGUUGGUUUUUGACUUUGCCGCGACCACUUGGUGGGUCUCUCAUUCUUUGGCGACCAUGUACUUCAUCCCCGCCCUCCGAGAUCAGCCAGCCUGGGCUGUUACGGUUCCGAUCUCCCGCGACCUUGCCACCGCCUGCGCCCUCAUGGGCAUCUUCGUCUUCGUCCUCACCAACUCGGCCGGAUGCCUCGUCUCCCUCUGGUGGUAUUCGUACCGCAUUAUACGGAGAGGAUAUCGGAUCCCGAGAGGCGCCAUCACCCGCCGAAAGACGGUGAUGCAAGCCCUGCCCGACGCCGCCGCCGCUCGCCACUGGUUCGACCUGGGGUUCCGACCCAACCUCUGCCGCCACUGCCUCCGGACCGCCGACUUGGAAGGUAGGGAGGGCCCUGGGUCGUUCCUGGACCGGAUGUACCACGGCAAGACGAACAAGGGGGUGGACUUGGGGUGCAUUGCGCUCUUUGACCACUACUGCUGGUGGCUUUGGUGUCCCGUCUCCUUGGAGACGCAGAAGAGUUACCUGCUCUUCACCGUCUGGGUUUUGGUGUUUCACCUUUACUCUUUGGGGGUUCUCUGCUGGCCAAUGGCUUCCUUUGGAACCAGGUGGUCACUGCCCCCAGUUGUCGUGGCUGCCGGAUCUCUCCCCUUUGUUAUUCUGUGGGUGAAGAAGGCGCCAUUCCGGGAUCAAUGGGUUAACCAGGGACUUCGGAACCAGACGCACAAAGAGACGACGGCGUACAUCCGGAACCUCCCCCAGCAGGCUUGGCCGAUGGGGAUUGCCGGGUCUAACGGCCUGGAGCAUGUGACGGUUGGAUUUAACCCGUGGGAUCUCGGCGCAAUGGGAAACCUCCGCGCGGUGCUAGGCGACAACAUCUGGGAGUGGCCUUUCUUCUGGCGUACCCCUCGCCGGGUGCGGGAAUUCGGUGCUCACCCCGACUGGGAUCUCCCUUUCGGACCUCGGUGGGACCAAUUCAUGGAAGAUCGUGCUCUGGUUUUACCGGAUGGCAUUAGCCUCACUCUCCCCCCUCCCGCCCUCCGAAACGACAGUUCGCGGCGCCGACGCGGCUGGACGUCGGAGGAUUAG